AAAAUACGAAACGACAAAAAUAUUUAAAAUAAAAAAGAAAAAAGAGAAGCUGACGACCGACAGCGCUGGUUUUUUUAACGUUUUGGGAUUUAGGUCUCUGACCGGGGAAUAUUCUUUCUCUCGCUCUUUUUCUCUCAUAAAGAAGAAAGAGAGAGAGAGGGAGGGGCGAGCUAGGGGAAGAAGUGUCCAAAAGGCAAUUUAUCUUCUCUCCCUUAGAAUUUCUUCUCUCUGUUUGUCUGAAGGGGAAAAGGCUCAAAAAGAGCAAGAGAGAGAAGAGAAAGGGAAGGGAAAUUGAAACGGAAAGGGAGAAAUGGAAGGGAGAGAAGAGAUAAAGGAAUCCAAACCCAGUUUUCCUUUGAGCUUUUGGGAGGUGACUGUAGCUUCGACGGUGGUGAUGGGAUUUGUUCUGGGGCUCACCGGCGUUUAUUUAACCAUGCCUGCAUCAGAUUAUAGCUUCCUCAAAUUACCAAGGAGCCUUGAAGAUCUUCAAAUCCUCAGAGAUCACCUUGAAAUCUACACAAGUGACUACACCAUGCAAGUCUUGGUGGGGUAUUGUGUAGUCUACAUUUUCAUGCAAACUUUUAUGAUUCCGGGAACUGUUUUCAUGUCAUUGCUUGCUGGAGCCCUGUUUGGGGUCUUGAAAGGUGUUGCUCUUGUUGUGUUCACUGCCACCGCUGGUGCUUCUUCUUGCUAUUUCCUGUCAAAAUUGAUUGGCCGGCCCCUUGUUUUUUCCCUUUGGCCUGAAAAGCUGAACUUCUUCCAAGCCCAGGUAGCACAAAGAAGGAAGCGACUGUUGAACUAUAUGCUUUUCCUAAGGCUUACUCCAACUUUACCAAAUACAUUCAUUAAUGUUGCUUCACCUAUUGUCGACGUGCCUUACCAUAUUUUCUUCAUGGCAACUUUCAUUGGGCUCAUUCCUGCUGCUUACAUAACUGUUAGGGCAGGGAUAGCUCUUGGAGAGUUACAGUCGGUAGGGGAUCUUUAUGACUUCAACUCAAUUGCAACUCUUUUCCUUAUAGGGGUUGUCUCCGUCACACCUACGCUCAUGAGCAAGACCUAAUCAAAGCCUUUAACUGGAUGAGCUUGCUUGUACGUGGGGUUUUAAUCUCCCGUAGCCAUUUGGGUUGCCAGAACUUCUGUUCAGACUAGCAUCAAAUAAAUGCAAUGUGCUGCUGCUGUUUCUCUGGUUAAUGGAAUUCAGACUGGUCGUGCUGAUAUUGAAGAUGAUUAAGUGAUCAAAUUCUUUGCCUGGCAUUGUAUUUGCUUUAACUCUUUCUCAGGUUGAGUUUGUAUAGGGAGAGGAACAUGAGAAAAGUUGGGGUAAGGCUGUUAUUUCUUUCAGUUUCAAUUUGAUUGCCAAGAACAGUCCUCAGAAUCUGUAACCUUUGUAGAAGUUUUAUUACAUCAAACAUCUUUCUCAGUGUUUGUUGUGGUCUCAGAAUUAAAUUUUACAACUCAAUUGUGGUUAAGAAAAAAUAAAAUGGACCAUCCCUCAAUGUAAUGCAUUUAAUAACAAUAAUAAAAUCAUGAGAAAAUGGCAGGCUUUAUUUGCUUUAUGCACAAGUCAACUCGGGACAUGAGAUCCCUCAGCUUUAAUUCCAAUUCAAAAAUUUUCAGGGUAUUCAAAGAAUUCUAGGGGUUUCUUUUGAAGGGAUUGCUAUCAGAGAAAAGGGAAGAAACGGCAGCAUUUUGCGCCGAAAAGUCGCCGAAGAUGGUUUUGAAGAAAUCAGAUUGAGGUGAGACGGUGUCGUGUCCAGCCAGCGUUUCUGGUUCAUUGGAUUUCUUCUUUCCCAUUAUCGAGACAUGGAGAGGAAGAUUGAGAUUGAAUUGACUACCCUAGAAGGCUAGAACUACAUUUUAGUAGGGAAAGACAAUAAUUGUAGUGCAUCUUCUUUUGUCUGGUCCAAACGAACAAGUUUCUAACCCAUGAAUAGUAGCUC